AUGGCAGUGACUGAAUUAUCCCGAGAGGGCUGCGCCUGUGCUGUCAGUAAGGAAGUCACCUGGAAGAGAGCGACCAUCCUCAGCUUUGCAGAUGAGGAACCCAAAGCGCAGAGCAAUAGCUACCUUGCCCCAGGCCACACAGUUGGCAAGUGCCCAGACCUUGGGCACCAGCAGGCUCCACCUCCCCAACGCGCAGGCCCUUAUCAGGAAGCAGUUUGGGUUGGUGAGGAGGGGGAAGUCCGUGGCCCCAGGCUCAGCAAGGUGGGUAGAAGAGAUAGGGAAGUGGGGAGGGGGCCGUGGGGCCCAGCUGGGAGGGCCCGAGGAUGGAAGAGAUGCCCAGAGCCAGUUCUGUCCUUGCCGGCCUGGCCUCUUGACAUGGUUCCAGAGCUGUUCUGACUUCCCUCCUUGCUAGGCAAGCCGCCCGCACCUUUAAUUAGCAAGCAGCAACCUCGCCCCGAUUCAGCACAGUCGCUGUUUAAUUAG